AACAAAAGCAGGUGGCAGGUGCCUGCUGAGAUGUGUGAGGGUCCCUGAGCCUGGUGUAACACAGAUGGGCACUAAGCUGGAAAAGGGAGCUGCCUUGGGGCUGAGCUGCCCCUGUCUAUAGGUGACCAGGCGACGAACCCACAUCACCUGGUGGGGACGUCCCAGUGGAGAUGGGACAAGCUUGGAGCUCCCCAUGACUCACACAUCCUCCCAGGUAUCCCUGCUCAAGACCUGAGUGGGCAGGAUGGGGCCAGGUCAUGCCUGAUUACCCAAGAGCUGGACUCCUGUCCCCUGUGCCCUGCUGAGGGGACAGCCGGGAGGAAGCUCUUGCUGUGGUGUGAGGAACUGACCUCCCUUGGGCCAGCUUUCUAGCAACAGGCAUGGCUGGCUCAUUUAGCCCAAAGCAGGAUCCAGAUACACGCCCUCUCCCACCCAGGGGGACACAGAGGAUGCUGGACAGCCUCUCAGGUGGCAUCAGGGCAGGAGAACGAGGUCCCGCCGGAGCCCCUGGGAAGGCAGGACCACCUGGACCUAAAGGAGAUCAAGGACAGAAGGGGACGCGAGGCGAGAAAGGGGACCCUGGGCAGACCCCGUCGUGUGCCACAGGAGCACGCACCUGCCGGGAGCUGCUCAGCCUCGGGCACUCCCUGAGUGGCUGGCACACCAUCUACCUGCCGGACUGCAGGCCCCUGACUGUGCUUUGUGACAUGGACACAGAUGGAGGGGGUUGGACUGUUUUCCAGCGAAGGGCCGACAGCUCUGUGGACUUCUACCGCGACUGGGACGCAUACAAGCGGGGCUUUGGUAGCCAGCUGGGGGAGUUCUGGCUGGGGAAUGACAACAUUCACGCCCUCACGGCCCAGGGCACCAGCGAGCUCCGUGUGGACCUCGUGGAUUUUAAAGGCACCCACCAGUUCGCCAAGUACCACUCCUUCAAGAUGGGGAGCGAGGCUGACAAGUACAAGCUGGUCCUGGGAGCCUUUGCUGAGGGCAAUGCAGGUGAUUCUCUGACAUACCACAACAACUACCCCUUCUCCACCAAAGACCAAGACAACGACAACGUUAGUCAAAACUGUGCGGUGCAGUACCAUGGAGCCUGGUGGUACGCGUCUUGUCACCUGUCAAACCUGAAUGGCCUCUACCUCGGGGGGGAUCAUGAAAGCUUCGCAAAUGGCAUCAACUGGAAGACAGGGAAAGGGUACAACUACAGCUACAAGGUGUCAGAGAUGAAGUUUCGGCUCACCUAGCUGGGGGCUCUGAUCAGGAGGGUCCCAUGCCUGCUACCAGGAGGGAGCCAUAUCCCUGCCCCCCCGUGAGAAAGGGCACAUGGGGAUCUUAGCCCACGGUCCUCGUGGGGGUGCAGGAGCUUCGCCGCUCCCGUGCCCCAGAGCUCUGGGCCUUCUCUCCCACUGCAAGGCUACGAGUAACUGUCAGCCAGACCCUGUCUCCAUGCACGUUACCAAUAAAGAUGUUUGUUC